AUGGAAUGGAGCGAUACGGGGAUCGUCCUCUCCGCCCGCCGCCAUGGCGAGAGCGCCGCCGUCGUCUCGCUGCUGACCGAGCAUCACGGCCGCCAUGCCGGUCUCGUGCAGGGCGCGCGCGGCCGCCGGGGGCGCGGGCUCUACCAGCCGGGCAACACGCUCGCGGCACGCUGGCAGGCGCGCCUCGCCGAGCAUCUCGGGCGCUACACAUGCGAGCUCGUGCGCGCACAAUCAAGCGUGCUGCUGGACGAUCCGCCCCGUCUUGCGGCGCUCGCCGCCGUCUGCGCGCUGACAGAGGCGACGUUGGCGGAGAGGCAUCCCUAUCCACAGGUUUACCGCGCCCUCGGGCAUCUGCUCGACGCCCUCGAAGCGAACGAGCGUUGGGCUGAGACCGUGGUCCGCUAUGAACUCGCGCUGCUCGGCGAGCUCGGCUUCGGCCUCGACCUCUCGGCCUGCGCGGCGACCGGCGCGGUCGAGGGGCUGGCCUAUGUGUCGCCGCGUAGCGGGCGGGCGGUAACGCGUGAAGCCGGCGCGCCCUAUGUGGAGAAGUUGCUCCCGCUGCCACCCUUCCUUGCACUGUCGGAGGGCGACACCGCCUCUGCCACUGCCGCCGACAUCGUCGCGGGCCUCAGGCUGACCGGAUGGUUCCUGGAGAAACACGUGUUCGGCGGCCAGGGCGGCCGCAUGCCGCCCGCCAGGGAGCGCUUCAUCGAUCGCCUGCAGACUGGCGCGACCUCGUCGCCGGCUGCGCAGGUGAGGCAAGAAUCAUAA